CUUGUUUGACAUAUGUAUAUAUACAGCAGAAUGUUUAGAAUGUUAUUUUAAAGUUAUUUUAAUAUAAAUUAAAAUAAAUUCUAACAGUGAGUGAAAUAAAAAUUUAUUAAACAAUGUUUAUAAAACCGUUUAAAGUUAAAUCGAAUAAUCAGUUGAAAGGUACUGAAAGAAAAAAAUUAUGCGAAGAAAUAUUGCAAGCAUUUCCAAAAUUAAAGGAUGAUGAGGUACAGAAUUUAUUAAAAAAGAAGGAUUCAAUUAGUGUUAUGAAAGUUGUCGCUCAUAAUGGUAAUGUUGUCAAAAUUUAUUGCACUGCCAAAAUACCAAUGUUUUUACAUUUUGACAUGCCAAAUUUACAAGGAUAUUUUCCCACUAUUUACACAUUAUGGCAAUAUCCAGAUUUAAUGUACAAUUUUACAACACGAUCUGUUGUUAUUUCAAAAUUAUCAAGCGGCGCUGAUUUAAUGAUUCCUGGUCUUGUUUUGGAUGGACCAGCAACUCCUUAUUCCUUUGGAAAAAUGGAAAAAAGAACGCCAGUUUCAAUAAACACCGACGACAAUAAGGCACCUUUUGCAGUUGGAAUCAGUGCAUUGUCUAGUGAAGACAUGUAUAUGUCAGGUGGUCGUGGAAAAUGUGUAGAAAUUAUCCAUGUGAUUGGAGACACUCUUUGUCAAUUAUUGGAUAAACCUUUAAUUAGGCCAGAAUUGGGAAAAUCAAUUAAAACUUUAAAUACUUCAGUUGAUUCAAUAACGGAUGAAUUGAAAAAAGAAUCGAAUUUAGAAAAAGAAGAAAAUUUAAAUAAAAACACUGAUGAUAAUAAUUUAGAAAUGAGAUUAUCAUCAAAUGUUGAUAAUUUGCAAAUAAAGGACGACGAAAAGAGUCCUGUAGAGGAAAAUUCAAAUGAAAUAUUAGAUGAUGAUAAUGAAAUAAUAGAAAUUGAAAAGCAACAGGAACCAUUGGAUCCAAUACAGGAAAUGGAUAAAUUAUUAGAAUAUUGUUUCUUAAAGGCAUGUAAAAUGACAAUUAAAAAAGGUGAUUUACCAAUGCUUACAUCGAAUUUCUUUAAAAAUCACGUAAUGGCUGUUUGUCCAUCGGAUCAAAGUUUAGAUAUUAAAAAGUCGAGUCAUAAAAAAUUGUCUGUCUUUUUAUUGAGAAUGAAAGAAAAAGGACUGGUGGAUACAUCUAUUUUAAAAGGAGUCGAGUCACUUCUUUCAAUUAAGACUAAUCAUCCUCUAUUUCAAAAUCUCGUGAUAAAUGAAGAAGUACCGAUUAAACAACCGGAAACUUCAAAUGCUCCUGUUAUCGCCGAAUGUUAUAAAGUCACUGCCAAUGUUGUGCCAUUACUUUCACAGUUUGGAUUCGAAAAGGGGGACAUAAUGAAAAGAGCAGAUAUUAGAAAAUGUUUCACAGAAUAUGUUAAGAAAGAAAAUCUUCAAAAUGGAAAAAUAUUAAAAAUAAAUCCUCAAUUAGCGGGGAUUUUGAAAACUAAGGAGAAUCAAGAAACAUUAACAAUGGAAGAUGGUAUUAAUAAAUUUAUUGGAAAAAUGACUCACACACAUGGAGUCACUGUCGGUGGUACAACUUCGUUUUUUACUGGAAAAUUGGAACCAAUUGAAAUUACAGUUACUACACGAACUAAUAAUAAAAAGGUAACAUUGGUAAAUAAUUUAGAAAUAUUUGGUAUAAAAAUGGAAGAGUUUAGUAAAGAAUGUCAAGGAAUUGGAGCAAGUGCUACAAUAACAGAUGUCCCGGGUAAAAAAACACCAAGCGUUCUAGUUCAAGGCAAUCAAGUUUUAUAUGUUUACAAACUACUCACUGAGAAAUAUCAAAUUAACAAAAACUACAUUAAAGGAAUAGAAUUCGCGCCAAAGAAAAAGAAAUAAAAUUAUUGAUGAUGAAGAUUAUAUUUAACUGACGAAAUCAUUAGGAAUUUCAUUCGGGAAUAAAAAAGGAAAAGAAACUGACAACUAUUGACCAGUGGAAAAUGUGUAACGUAUAACGUGACAAGUGUUGAUAAACUUUUAAUCCUAUGAAAGUUACUUGUGAAUAUUUUUUCUCGAGCUUAUAAAUUACAGAAAUUACAGAAUAAUUUACUAUCUUUA